UGCACAUCAUUGACAGUUCAGAAAGGAAUUACAUAAAAGUACUUGUAGGAAAAAGUAAUCGAAUUUCCGUAGAAUUUGGCUAUUUUUUACGGAAUGGCAUCGUUACUACGAUCUCUAUCCGCCGUCGCACGACACGGAAUAAAUCGUCCCGCAGCUGUUUCAACAAUCAUUCGACACAAAUCGGAAAUUGCAGCAGAAACUAGACCGACCGUUCGCAAGCCCGACUUGGUGGCUCGUUCCGAUUUGACCGACUUUGGAAAAUAUGUGGCCGAAUGCUUACCGAAAUAUGUCCAGAAGGUACAAUUAACUGCCGGUGAUGAGUUAGAAGUUCUGAUUGCCCCGGAAGGCGUCGUUCCGGUGCUUCAAUUUCUAAAAGAUCAUCAUCAAGCUCAAUUCGCAAAUCUGGUGGAUAUUGCCGGAAUGGACGUUCCAAGCCGUCAGUAUAGAUUCGAGAUCAUUUAUAACAUACUUUCGUUGCGUUACAAUUCACGCAUUCGUGUCAAGACCUACACGGACGAGUUAACGCCGAUCGAUUCUUGUAAUGAGGUGUUCAAGGCAGCCAAUUGGUACGAACGUGAGAUUUGGGACAUGUAUGGAGUAUUCUUUGCAAACCAUCCGGAUCUUCGUCGCAUUCUGACCGAUUACGGCUUCGAGGGUCACCCACAGCGUCGCGAUUUCCCACUGACCGGUUAUGUUGAAUUGCGUUACGAUGACGAGAAGAAACGGGUCGUUUGUGAACCGCUUGAAUUGGCCCAGGAGUUCCGCAAGUUCGAUCUAUCUGCUCCGUGGGAACAAUUCCCAAAUUUCCGCGAUGUAAACCCGGCCACCGAAGAGGUCCAAAUCAAACCUGAGGAGAAGAAGUAAAUAUUAUGCUUGUUUUCGUUUGAUAGGCCGAAACGAAAUCCUGUAGAUAUAAACAAAAAAAAACAAUAGACACACUAUUUGUUAUCAAA